GGUUCUUGUGUGUGUGUGUGUGCACGCACCCGCUCACGGUUGGAUGGGUGAAUGCAUUGGGUGGGAGGGUGUGUGUGGAUGUGAAUCACCAUGUGCUAUGUUUUGUAUUCAGAGACUACAUUGGGAAUCCUCAAGAAAGCUCGCUGGUUUCACAUCACUGUCCCUUUUGAGAGGGAAACAGGCCUUAAGACAGCCAGGCAAAAAGUUAAUGCUCUGAGUAUACUGCUGAGGGACUUUCCAACUCAAGAGCUGUGGUCUGCAUCAGAGCCUGAGGAGAUGGUGGAAGAAAUGGAGAGAAUUUUUGGGCACAUGCGUCGGCGGGCCGUGACUAUGAAAAUGAUGCCAACAGAUGCUGCCUCUGAUCCACUUGUAUGGAGUGUUGCCUUCGUGGAUGCAUUAUCACGGGACCUUGCAAAUCAGCUAAUCCGCGAGCUUGGGGCAAAGAAUCUGAUGGCGCUUGCAUUUGAGGAAUUUGAUAAGGCAACAGCUGGAUGUGCAAGCUUGUUUGAUGUUUGGUUGAAGGAGUCAUUUCGAUUUUGUAAGCAUGUCUCAGAUCUUGCCAAGCGGAAUAAGGGUGGAAGACUUUUUCCAAGGGUGAGAACAUAUCUGGGCGAUAAUUGUCCCUCUUACCAAGUGCAGAGUGCUGGCUGUGUUUGGAGCUCAUGCCACCCUUAUCCUCCGCAGCAUACACCUAUGUGUUAUAUGCUUGGUAGUCCUGGUGUAAUGAACCCAACUUCAUAAGAUCACAAUCAAAUCUCAGAUGAACACACACUGCUAAAGUCAAUGAACAGAAGCAAAUUAAGACAGUAAAGAGAUAAGACUAUG